GACAAUUUCAAAAAAAUGAUGUUGAAUUUAAAUUGAAAAGCAUUCUGACAACUUGGGGAAAGUUUUCACAUCUAUACAAGAUUCUACCAUAUACUACAUUUAAAACAGGAAAUGUCUGAUCUGUUGGUUGAAGUGAAAAAAUUGGAACCGCGCGCUAUUUUCGGUGCUAACGGCAAGGUUGAAAAUGGAGUCCAGUUGCAUCCCGACAAGGUGAGUAUGAUAUACUCGCUUGGCAACAAAAUCGGCAUCGCGAAUACGCUAAAUAAUAAGCAAGAGUUCUUAAGCGGGCACACACACGCUGUCUCCUGCCUGACCAUCAGUAAAAGUGGUCAAUAUUUAGCUUCGGGACAGCGGAAUCACAUGGGCUUUCCGGCUUACGUGAUUAUGUGGGAUUUCGCCACACGCAAGCAAUUGGCUCGUCAUGAUCUCCACAAGGUUUUGGUACAAUCAAUUUCCUUUACGGCAGAUGAAAAGUGUUUGGUUUCUGUUGGUGGAAAAGAUGAUGGCACCGUAAUUGUGUUGGACACUGAAGCGCGCACACCAAUAUGUCAGACACCGGCCGCUCGUUCAAUAUCCGGUAACGCACUCACCGUUUGCUCUCUACAUAACAGUCCGUCUCAUUUUAUUGUCGCUGGUGAUCGACAUCUGCGCAUGUGGAGCAUUCAGCGUGAGCAGAAGAAACUUCAUGUUCAUGAUAUGCACGUGGGCAAACUUCAACGCAUCUAUACAGGCAUGCAAGUGGAUGAGAAGGAUGAAUACCUUUAUUUGGGCACAAUGACGGGUGAUAUCGUCAAGGUCGCACUCAAAUGCUGCGAUCCGGUAAAUGUUACGCAGAUCGGUAUGACUGCAUCGAUGUUGGGAGCUUUUGGAAAGCACAAUCCACGUAAGCCGUACGGCAAGGACUGUGAACGUUAUGUCAAUGGCGUGCGUCACUUGUGCAUUGUGAAGAAGGGACUGAUAUUGGUGGGCGCCGGCGAUGGCACUUUGGAGUUGGUGGAAGAACGGAAGGAUGUUACGCUAGAAAUGAUGAAGAACUAUCCCUCUCCAACUUGGCCAAUAUUUCGAACGCUCAAGCGCGCCAAUGUAUAUGCUGCGGUGACAUCUUUGGUCAGAACCAAAACAACAACCGAUGAGUUCAUAGUGUCUACCGAUCAAAAUGAAAUAUGGUUUCUGAAUAUUGUCAAAUUUUCGUGCAAAUUGUUGCGGACAUGCCAUCGCAAACCAGUUAAUCAAAUUGUGUUUCCCAAAAAUUUAUCGACAGUUUUUGCCUCUGCUGGCUAUCAGAGCAUAAGAAUUUGGUCGAUCGGACGUUUACAGGAGAUAUUACGUAUUAUGGUCUACAACUUCAAGUGUGUGUCCUUGCAAUUCACCAACGAUGGUAGCAGCAUUGUAUCGGCUUGGAAUGAUGGUGUCAUUCGUGCAUUUACGCCUAUAACGGGACGCUUGAUAUAUGCCAUACCGAAUGCGCAUAAUAAAGGGUGCAGUGCAUUGCGGGUCUCAUCGACUGGUCGCUUACUUGUCACCGGUGGUGUUGAGGGGCAAGUACGUGUAUGGAAAAUUGAACCAUACCGACAAAGCUUAAUUGGCGUUUUAAAGGAUCAUUCUGGACCGAUAUCGUCGCUAGAUUUCAAUCAUUUGGAUACUGAAAUUAUAUCCGCCUGUGUGGAUGGUUCUUGCGUUAUUUGGGAUGUAAAUCGCAUGACCCGCAAGUUCGUCGUCACCUCUAAUACACAGUUUAUGUGUGCUCGCUACUUUCCGACCGGUGUUCAAUUGCUCGCCUGUGGUUCCGAUGGACGCAUUAGCUAUUGGAUGGUUUACAAUGGCAGUCUUAUACGUGAGCUUCACGGCACAAAAAAGAACUCGAUCAACUUUUUGGAUAUCAAUGCGACAGGUGAUUACUUUCUAACGGUAUCAAGUGAUCAAACUGUUAAGAUGUGGGACUAUAAUCGUGGCAUAACGGUUUGUGCCGGUUACGAACACUCAUCACCCGUACUCAGCUGUGCUUUUAGUCCGAACGGUCGAUUAUUUGUUACCGGCAGUGUGGAUGGUGCUAUUAUCAUAUGGGAUGUGCCGCAGGAGUUCUGGGGUAAGCCCAAUCCGCCCCCACAAACAGCGAUACCGGAAACCGUAAGCAAAGCCGAAGCAACCGCUCAAACUGCUCCGAAAACCUCAAAGGCUGAAAAUAUCGACAAUCUCUUGAAAAGCUCGGCCAAGGACAAUGUUUGUUGCAUUGAAUGCCCUCCCAUUAAUAUGAAGCAACAACCGGAUAUCAAUUGUGAUUAUAUACCGGAUAUAAAAAAAUGUUAAUUUAUUUUGUA